AGCCAGCAGUGGGACUCACGCGUGGGAAUCCCACCCGUUGGCACCCCAUCCCCUCGGCCCUUUGCUCUCCGCCUUUGUUCAGUUCACCCUUCCUCCGGCAGCUCUCUCCGCGCUGCCCUCAGACUUCCUUUCGGUCGGCUGGGCUGCGGAUGCGGGGAGGCAGCAGGACGCUGUGCCCUGGUUGCCCCCAAGGAGAGGGAUGAUGCCAGCCCCAGCCUGACGGCUCACCCAGUCCGGCAAUCUCCAGGAAUGCCAAGAAGCUCCUGCAGGAGAUCAGAGAGGGCAGGAGAUGGAGCUACAAACACUGCUUCUGCAGCCGAGUGAAAGGAGGCUGAGAAAUGGGGAAGACCGCACACACCUUGUUGGCCUUUCCCCUAUGGGGAACAAAGCACGUCCCUCAAAGCACACCUCAGUGUGUACGUCCUGAUGGUUUUUGUAUCCUCCCUGGCAGUCCGUCCCCAUAACAUCGUGGCCUUUUGGCAGCCCCAUCACACAGAGCACGGCUGCCAUGAAGGCCAUAGUGAAGCAUGUGGUGCUGAAGGCACACUUGUGCCAGGAGUGCGGCAAGUCCUUCAGCAAGAAGGGCAACCUGAAGAGACACCAACGCAUCCACACGGCGGAGGAGCUCUUUGCUUGCGGGGAGUGCGGGCGGCGUUUCACCACCCGGGGCCACCUGAGGACCCAUCAGAGCAUCCACACGGGAGAGAGGCCCUUCUGCUGCGGGGAGUGCGGGCGUUCCUUCCGCCUGGAGAUAUGCCUGGCGGCCCAUCGGAAGACGCACACCAAGGGUGGGCCCUACCUCUGUGCCCACUGUGGCAAGAGGCUGAGCACAAAGAUCUACUUCAACAUCCACAUGCGGACGCACACGGAGAAGAGGCCGUUCGCCUGCAGUGAGUGUGGGAAGAGCUUUGUGAAGAAUGGGAUGCUCAUGGCCCACAAGGAGAUCCAUAAGAGGGAGAAGCCCUUCAAGUGCCCAGAGUGCAGCAGGUGCUUUGGGCAGAGUGCCACGCUGUUGGCCCACCAGAAGAUCCACCUUCGUGGAGGGCCUUUCAUUUGCACUGAGUGUGGGAAGAGCUUGAGCACCAAGCGGUAUUUCAACGUCCACCAGAGGAAACAUGCUAAGGAAAAGCCACUCAAGGGACACAUCGAAGAUGGGUCUCUCCAGGUCAUACAGAUUAAAGAGGAAACUGCCUUUAAGUCAGAAGAGAAUGUGUUGGAGUGUGUGUUUAACGAAGGAGGUGGAGUCCUACCUAAAAUCCCAUAUGACCCAAAAAGCCCUCAUUGGAAAAUCCAAAUGAAAGAGGAACCAGGACCACCCACCUACGACACAGAGAGCAUUACUGCAAUAGCCUGCCAGAAACUUCACAUCAAGGAAGAACCACAAGAAAACCUGGACUAUGGAAAGCUCUUUGAUCCAGAGCUCUCACUGAUGGCUUUACAGGGAAGACAGGUUAAAAAGGAAAGGGAUUCUGAUGGGCAACACGACCAGAAAGAUCCCAUAGCUGAUAACAGCGUGCUCCAAGUGAAGGAAGAACCACAGGAAAGCACUGACUGUGAGAUCCACUGUGGUCAGAAGCCAAACCUGAGUGCCACCCAAAGGGUCCAGAUUAAAGAGAAAGCCGGUGUGGAGGAUGACCACCAGGAGAGACAGAGCCCACGGAGGAAGCAGAAGAAAUGCAAUCAACCCACCAAAGAGGGGAUACCGGAGAACACGGAGAAAUCCACAUCCAAGAAAGAUCUCUCAACAAACCGAGCUCCCAAAGGUGAACGGAUAUUCCCCUGUCCCGAGUGUGGGAAGAGUUUCAAUCAGAAAUCAAACCUGACCAGACACCAGAAGAUCCACGCGAGUGAGGGGCCGUACAAGUGCAGUGAGUGCGGAGAGAGCUUCCGCAUGAACCGCAAGCUGGUCCGGCACCAGCGAGCCCACGUGAGCGAGCCUUUCAAAUGCACCGAGUGUGGGAAGAGCUUCACCCAGCGCUCCAACCUGGUCCGGCAUCAGAGGAUUCACACCAAGGAGGAGCCCUACCAGUGCCCUGAGUGCGAGAAGACCUUCAACCAGAAGGCCAAUCUCUUCCGGCACCAAACGAUCCACGUCCGCAUGGGGCCUUGCAAGUGCACCAAGUGUGGGAAAUGCUUCCCCCAGAAGUGUCACCUCAUUAAACAUCAGCUGCUCCACUCCCGAGGCGGGGCCUACAUGUGUGGGGUCUGUGGGAAGCGCUACCGGCUGAAGAAGUAUCUGAGGAGGCACCAGAAAAUCCAUGCGCGGGAAGGAUCUGGCCCCAGCAUGAAGUGUGGGGAGGACACAGGGCCUGGUGGUGGGUCUCACCCCACUGAACCCUGUGACGGGUGAAGAGGAGAGCUGAGAGGAUCUGGUUCCCAUUCCUGAAGGAAAAAUCUUUGGGAAAUGGGGACAGAGACAAACUGACGUGUGUGGGGUGGGUGAGGUUUGAGGGGGCAAAGCACUGAUAGAAACUGGUCCCAUCCUGUUGCUUUCUGAGUCAACCCUCAGCAUACACUUUGCUCACAGCUGUGGGAUGGUGCUGGAGAAUCCAACUCUUCAGAGCAUUUGGAGGUGAAGGGAUGAGCCCCUGGCAUCCUUGGUAAUGGGAUGCUCAUGCCUCUAAAGCCUGCCAAAAUGGUGGAGGCCAACAAUGUUUUGUGUGGGCAAUGUGUGGGCAGAAUUGCUGAGAGGGAUUUAUUUCUAUUAUAUCACAGUGCUUCUGAGAAAGAUGCUUCUCAGCUGCCUGCUUCUCUGGCUGUCACUGUAAAGCUUGUGGUACGAUAUUGACUUUACAGGGCAGUAUUUUGGGAAUUCAAACCAAGCAGCAGGAAUAGCUGAACAGGUCUUCAGACUUUAUGGGCUAGAAAACUGCAAAACAUUUCCCUGUUGGGAUGCUUUCCCUUCCUUCCCCUGAUAUAAUGGGAACUGUGCAGCUACUCAAAAGUACGGACAGUUCAAGAGUUUUUAUUGCUCACUGCUAAUGAUUUUGUUGGAGGCUUUGAGCAUCCUGACCUAGCUGUAGGUGUCCCUAUUCAUCGCAGGGGAGUUGGACUAGAUGACCUUUAAAGGUCCCUUCCAAUUCAGAUAAUUCUAUGAUUCCCUCACUGGGGUGUUCUUUGUGUCUGGAAAGUCCCUGAUGAAGUGGAAAAGCAGAGUGAGCCCACAGUCCCAUGAGACACUUCCCAAGAUGUGUUUGCAGCCCUGGUACCUGGCCACAUGAGGGCUGGCAGACUGAAAACACUUAUGAGGGUUUGUUGUGUUGCUGUAAUAUGUAGAGUCCAAGGGAACAGAAAAAUGUUCCAUGGUGAGGUAGCAUCUCUGCCUCUGGUUUUGUGCAGGUAGAGAAGUCCCUUACCCAUUCCUAAAGCACAGACUUCUUCCUUCUCCCAGCAUGUAUUACACAUGGCAUUCUCUUGAAGGCACUGAAAGUCAUCAGCAUAACUUUGGGAAACUACUUGCUGUGACACUUCAGAGCCAAACUGUUCAUUGGGUGCAUUGACUAUUCCGGAGCAACUGCCUCCAGGCAGGGAAACAGAGGCACAGAGGUUGCAAAGGGAACAGAACAAGUAAUAUUUGAGCUUUGCCUUUCCCAACUGCUUGGACACCGCUGUGCUGAGCUGUUCUGUUGUGGUGACUCAAGGCCAACACUGAGUACAGCUGCCAAAUUCCAAAAGCAUGGAGUGACUUUCGUGUCAUCAGCAACUGUAGACAAGUUUCCCCCCAACUACCUCUGGCCUGGUGAAGGUUCAUUUCUGGGCAGAAAAGGCAGAUAUACCAGCGAGAACAACAAGUUCAGGGUUUUUUAGGGGUAUCUGAGGUCAGUCUUGCUAUGGCUGUUGGGCCUGCUGAGGGGCAGAGGUAGAGCAGAGCACUUCGAUGAGGAGAAAGUAAUCACCAGAUGAAUUAAUUUAUUUCCUGUUUAUUAGUCUAGCGUGAUGCUGUAAAGAUUUUGCCAGCAAGAGGAAGUGGUAUGGGAGGUUUGCCAGUGGUACUGCUGAGACCUUUGACAUACACGAAGAAGUGAGUCAGUGUCAGUAGCCUCCCUGGACAUCCCUGGAUCUUGCACCAUUCACCAUGGCCAGUGUGGGUGUUCCAACUUCUGGGGAAAAUCGGGGCUGAUAGUUUGUAUUAUCUGCUCAAUAAAGUAAGUAAGUAAAGAACAAAGGCAAACCAAGUGAACCUGUUUUCUGUUUGUAGUUUUCAUUUCCUCAGCUAUCACUGAGAGAACUGCACUACUACUAUCCACAAUGCAACACGUAAAAAUGCCAGAGCAAGACAUGGAAAAGGGAUAACCAGAUGGGCAUGGUUGAUGAAGAACCCUCCAGGCUAUGCUGACCAUAUUGACCAUCCCUCCACCAACCAGCUGGGAGCUCAGACCCCCACGUAGAGACCUGGGGCUCCAGCCAGUGAUCCACACAUAGG